AUGGAACGAGUGUUCAUACCUCAGACAUAUCAAAACAUGGUAAAAGAAACUAGCAGUGAUAAAUUUAAUGUAAUAAAUAUUACACAAAACGAUAUAUACAAUUUUUCUGAAUAUCUAAAACCCAACUUUAAAAAAUACUUAACAAGUUCACACAAAGAAAGGUUUACUAUCAUGGCAUACCGCCUCAUAGAAUAUGUGAAAGAUGGACUGUACUGCAAAACCCUUGCAAAUAGCACUUUAAAAGAACAUUUUAUUUUACAAAAAUCAGGAACGGACUUGAAAUAUCCUCUAGAACAUCUUCCUCUACUAUAUUCUAUGAAACUUAAGCUUAAAGAAGCUAAAUUAAAAGAUGUACAGGAUUUAGCAUCAAAAUAUGUACCAUCUGAGUUUAUAUGGUUCUAUGAACAGCUUGAGGGAGACGUUCAAAAUAAUGAAAAUGUACCAACUUCUGUAAAUGAAUAUUAA